AUGCACUCCCUCUCCCCUCCCAAAAAAGGAAACCCGGACAGAAAGAAGGUUCGGGAGCCCACGCCGGCACAGCAACUCACUCAUUUCACACCGGCACGCCUCAACGGGACAUCGGCAUGGCGUCCUCACCUUGGAACGCGGGACACGGCGGCAAGUCUCACACCGGUUCCCCGGUCAUGGUUCGCCUCGCCAACAUCAGCAGCCAGCACGGCAACCACACAUUGCAUUCCCGUCACCACCAGCCGUACCUUCAAAGCCAGACCGAGUUUGGUUUUCUGCACCACAAACCGCAGCGCUUCACUGUCCCCGAACCUCUUCCUCUUCAAGUGCUCGUACGGCACCCACCGCUAUUACCCUGCCCGAACCCUGGUGACGGCCCUGGCACUCCAACCAACAGUUACACACAACUCCCCACCCGGUUCCAUAACAACUGGACACCCCCCUCAGUACGGGUGGGGACAAGCUGCUGCGGCAUGGCCUGGGCCAGAGGAAAGUGACGCCGCCUUUCCCUUCCAAGGAGCCCUAGAUGGAUGCUGGAGACAGUUUUCUACGUUGGCAAAGUAG